GUCGAAUCGAAUCAGUUCAAGUCGAUUUCAUUUUCAUUCUCAAAGACAAGGAACCGACUUUGGCAGAAAGAUUGGGUGAAUAAUAAUAUUCUUCUUUUCUUGGUGCAAGACGACAAGACAAUUAACCCCUUGAGAGAAGACGGUAGAAGGAAGCACAGUCAAAAACCGACAACCAACCAAACUUUCUCCCCAACAGUUCAAAUACAUCUACACACACAAGGACUCUUUUUUUUGUCCUUGAACACCACCACCAACAAAAACAAAACAAUGCCUCAAUCCAAGGCCGACCAAAUCUCCAACACGCAGGCCAACCUGCCGCUCCCGGAGCAGCCCCCGCAGGCGUCGGACUGGCAGUCGGCCGACGCGCGGACGGUCAACGUGGGCUCCGGCGGCGACGCGGAGCGCACCACGGUCGGCACCCAUGCGGGCGCGCAGGCCGGCCUCCGGGGGCCCGCGACCAAGGGCGGCGACAUGGACAUGAGCGGCAUCGGGCGCGGCGUCGAUGAGGCGGCCAGCAAGGGCGGCAGCGGUGUGUCCAGGUAAAAAAAGAGCAAGAACAAAAAAACAAAAAACAGUGUACUGUAUUUGUACGACUGGGCGGGUUUUGGGUGCCUAGGAGGGUGGGCACCUAGUUAGGCGUUCGUCGCGUUUGUGUGUAGGUAACUAACAAGGCGCCGUGGAUGAAUCAAAGAAAGAAAAGCAUGAAUUCAACCAACCUCGGCGCCCACUACGCACCACACGAGUCGCCCACACAGCCUUUGCUAAUCAGGCACGUUACUUCA